AAGGAAGAGAAUCUUUUGCAAAAAGUCGAAAUGCGUGGAGAAAAACCGAAAAAGUUGGUAACGAUAACCCCACACGGACUGGUUUCGUAGCUUAAUUUCUACGUUCAGGUCCAAACCGAAUCAAUAAAGUACUAAAAGUUGGUCUGCUUGCAAUGCUCAUGCUAAGCUUAAGCUUUAUUAUAUUUUCUCCGAUUGAUGUAGCUAGUUUAUGGUAAAGUGUAACUAUUUUCUGAUCAACUCUAUCUCUGCCCCUCUUCACAGAAGAGAGAGUUUCUGAGUAAGGUUUAACUUUCCCAUCUAUAUUUUCCUUUUACUUGUGGAUUUGCAGCUGGUUAUAGCAAGCAUGGCUUCUUCUUCCUCUCUUUCUUUUCAAGAAAGGUACGAUGUGUUUCUCAGUUUCAGAGGUGAGGACACACGCAAUACAUUCGCUAGCUAUCUUUAUGCAGCUUUAUCAGCAAAACAGAUCUUAACUUUCAUGGAUCACGAGCUUGAGAGAGGGGAUGAAAUUUCACCCACACUUACCAAAGCCAUCGAAGAAUCCAAGAUUUCCGUGAUCAUUUUCUCGGAAAACUAUGUUUCAUCCACUUGGUGUUUGAAUGAACUCGUGCACAUACUUGAAUGCAAGAAAACAAGAGGGCAGGUUGUUAUGCCAAUCUUUUAUGGCAUAGAUCCAUCAGUUGUACGAAAACAGAAUGGGAGUUACGGUGUUGCAUUUGCUCAACUUGAAAACCGUUUCAUGGAUAGAAUGGAGAAGGUAAAUCAAUGGAGGGCUGCUUUAACUGAAGCGUCCAAUCUAUGUGGAUUGGAUUCAAAGGAUUUCAGGCCCGAAGCCAAAUUAGUUCAAAGAAUUAUUGAAGAUAUCUCAUUGAAGUUGCGUAAAUAUCUAUCUCUAAAUCAUCAUUUCAAAGGGCAUCUCGUUGGAAUUGAAAGAAAAAUCGAGAAAAUUGAAUCAUUACUAUCCAUUGGCUUAAAAGAUGUUCGCAUUAUAGGUAUUUGGGGCAUGGGAGGUAUUGGGAAAACCACCCUGGCUAGUGUUGUAUUUCAAAAAUUAUCAAAUUCUCAUUUUGAAGGUUGCUCUUUUCUUUCAAAUGUGAGGGAAGAGUAUGAAAGACAUGGAAUAAAUCAUUUGAGAAAGACGUUUCUCUAUGAGUUAUUAAAUGAUAAAGCUAUUCUAAAGAUGGAUACCCCAUUUGUAGCAUCACCUUAUAUUUUCGACAAACUUCGUCGUAAAAAGGUGCUUUUGGUUUUGGAUGAUGUGGAUAGUUCGAUCCAAUUAGAUGCUUUAGUUGAAGGAUAUGAUCAGCUUGCUCCUGGAAGUAGAAUCAUUGUUACAACUAGAAAUGUCCAAGUGCUCAAGAAAGUUGCUGAUAAUAUUUACAAGGUUGAGCGAUUAAGUGACAUUGAAUCUCUUGAGCUCUUCCAUUUACAUGCUUUUGGAAAAAAUUCUCCUCUGAUGGACGAUGAAGUACUAUCAAAAAGGGUGGCAAGUUAUGCAGAUGGAAAUCCAUUAGCUCUUAGAGUCUUGGGUUCUUUCCUUAAUUCCAAAAGCAAAGAAGAGUGGGAAAGUGCAAUAAAUAAAUUGCAAAUAUUUCCAAACAAGGACAUUUUAAAUGCGUUGACGAUUAGUUAUGAAGGACUAGAUGACAAAGGGAUCCAAAAUAUAUUUCUUGACAUUGCAUGUUUAUUUAAUCAAUCUUUUUCUAGAGAUGAUGCAGAAAGCAUAUUAGGUUUCCAUGAUUCAUUUGUGAAAAUAGGAAUAAGUGUUCUUAUUGACAAGUGUUUGAUUGAAAAUGAUGCAAUUUCCACACACGGUGACCUACGGAUGCAUGAUUUAUUGCGCCAAAUGGGCCGGACCAUUGUCCGUGACGAGCAUAAAGAGCCUGGAAACCGUAGUAGGUUAUGGGAUGCUGAAGACGUCUGUCGCAUUUUGGAAAGAAAUAAGGGAACUGAAAUGGUUGAAGUCAUAUCAUUCAAUAUGUCUGACAUUAGCAGAGAUGUGAAAAUUAGUCGUUCAGCCUUCUCAAAGAUGUGCAAUCUACGAGUUCUCAAAAUUUAUUGCGAUCGUAUUUUUGACACCAAGUUCAAACUAUACCUUUCUCAAGAUCUUGAUUCUUAUCUUUCGGAUACAUUAAGUUAUUUUCAAUGGGACUUAUACCCUUUGAAAUUGUUGCCAUCAAAUUUUAAUCCUGGAAAUCUUGUUGAACUGAUACUACGUGGCAGCCUUGUUCAAAAACUUUGGAGUCAUGAAGUUCAGUCUCUUCCAGUGUUAAGAAGGAUGGAUCUUAGUCAUUCCAAACUCCUUACAGAAAUACCAGAUCUGUCUCAUGUGGCUCCGAACCUGGAAAGUUUAAAUCUUGAAGGCUGUACAAGUUUGGUUCAGGUUCUUCCAUUCCUUGAAAAUCUUGAGAAGCUUAGUUAUCUAAAUUUGGCUGGUUGCUCCAAACUUGGAGAUUUAAAAGAGAUAUCAAGGAGCACAUGGUAUUGGGAUCUAGUAAAGAGUGGAGGCAUUAAGAACUUUCUGAGUAAUAUUUGUCAGCAGAAGUUGAGAUUUCUCAAAAGUUUUACAAACAAUAUUUUGUCUGUCUCGUCACCCGAAGCCCACAUUUGCAAAAAGUUUCCGAUGAAUUUAACAAGUCUAAAUUUGUCUGGGAUACCAAUAGAUGCACUGCCGUCAUCAAUUGGGAGUCUCUCUGGUCUUGUUCACUUGUAUUUGUCUGAAUGCGAAGAGCUUAAAAGUCUUCCAACCAGCAUUUACAAGCUGAAAUCUCUUGAAUCACUAGAUUUGUCUGGUUGUGUAAAACUGGAAAAGUUUCCUGAAAUCCUAGAGCCUUCAGAACACCUAAAAAUUGAGUCUAUCUCAAACAAGUUGUGUGAUUUAACGAACCUUGAGUGUUUGUGGCUCGAAGGUUGUUCAAAACUUGAAAGAUUGCCUCCCUUACCACCUGCUUUGUUAUCAUUGGACGUCCAAGAUUGUGAGAGCUUGAAAUCACUAGCGGAUCUUCCAUUAUUUUGUAGAAGUGUGAAUGCAAGACAUUGCACAUCACUGGAGAAAAUAUCAGAUUGGCCUGCAUACCCACAUGGACUGUUCCCUGAGUAUAGCAGAGAUGUUGACUUUUUCGGUUGUGGAAAGUUGGAUCAGAAUACACGCAACACCAUCAUAGCUGAUUAUGCAAUUUUUAAAAUGCUUGAAUCUGAGAUAUCAGAUUUAGUAUUUUGUUAUCCGGGUGAUGAAAUUCCAAAGUGGUUCAGCUAUCAAACUUCAGGGAGUUUACUGAAUAUUAAAAAGCUUCCUCCAUUAUGGAAUAAUGACAACUUCUUGGGUUUGGCUAUUUGCGUUGUUCUUGAUCUGAAUAAAAUUAAACAUCCUCUAGGUAUUUUAAUUAAUUUUAAACUCAAUUUCAUAACAAAUGAUGAUGAUUGUCCUUGUGAGUUCCGGUCACACCAGGUUAUUGAGACAGACAGAGAAUGUUUAGAUCAACAAGUGAUGCGGUAUUUCCCAAAAGGGUUGUUGCAAAAUUCAAAUAAACCGUCUAACCUAAAUUGGCCCUCUAGUUGUAGCAGUGAGGCCUCUUUGCAUGUCUGGCCUUCUUUCCAUGACUUUGAGGAAGAUGACAUCUUCGGGAAUGAGUAUUGCAAGAUAAAGAAGUGUGGGGUUUGGUUGGUAAACAAGGAAGAUUUAGAGAGACUUAAUGCAGAAACUAUUAAAAGUAAGAGAAAGAGACGAGGCUUUGAUGAUGAAUGUUGUGAAGCUAGUGUAAGUGAUCAAUUUGUAUCCUCUGGCUCUCGUGAGGAGGAAGGCGACGAUGAAUCACAUCCUACCAUUAGUUCAAAGAAAUUCAGGCUUAUGUGAUGUCACUAGUGGCUUAAAGUACAAACAACCGUGUGAGCUUGAGUUGGUGAAUGAUGAAGAUGCAGAGCAAUUGGAUGAAAAGACAGAGACAUAAUAUCCUAAGAUUACUUUGAUGAAAAUGAAGUAUAUUCUAUGACUCCUUAGUUUCAGGUUAUGAAGAAUAUGCAGGCACCACCACACUUAGAAAAGUCCUCUCUCUUUUCUACUUGCGGUAUUGAAGUUGGGAUACCCUGUUUGUGUGCAUGUAUCCGUAUGAAUUUCUUUAAACAUUCUUAUCUUUCUUAGUAUCAUGUUGUAAAUGUGUACUUUAAAGGCUUUCCUAUAUUUCAAGAAAACUAGAGUUAAAGGAAAAAGAACUGUAUUCUUGAUCUAUUUAUUAUUUAUUUUUUUUCCUACUUCCUAUCAAUUUGGUGUUAUUCUCUGCCUAAUGGUUGAUAAAAUGUGUUUGUGUAUAGUUGGUGAUCAUUUUUGUGUUUGGAAGUUGUUUGCUUGCAUGAAUACUAUUUUCAUCACUAACAAAUCGUAGACUCAGCAUAUGGCUUUGUACUUGAAUUUCAUAAUGUCAAUUUGGUAUAUGCUUGUUCUCUAAAACGGACAUGGCCUUUCAGAAAUGGUCCAAUAGGCUUUUAACCUUACAUUAAUCCUUCAGAUGGUGGGAUUCUUAAUUCCAUUUGUUCCUUGUUUUUUUCACAUCCUAAAAGUACUUAAGAUAUAUAAGACAGGCCUUAAAAAUAAAUUAAAAAAAAACAAAAAAAAUCAAGUUCACUGAUGCAAGAUCUGCAAAAAGGCCUCAGAUUCUUCAAAAUUUGCAUGUGGAAAGGAUAAGCACAACUAAAGCAGCAAUCACCUGUCUCUGCAUAUUCAUUAUUUCACUAGCUUUCCUUUAGUGCCAUGGAAAACAGAAAUCAACAGAAUUCUACAAAGUUAUAUGGAUAAUGGGUCUGGUUGUCUAAAACUUGACAAUUUAGAGCCUAUGGAACACUUGACAGAUCUUUGGUUAGAUGAAACAGGGAUUAAAGAGUUAGCUGAGUCAAUUGAAAACCUAGUUUCCCUCAGAGAUUCAUAUAUACAAACGUGUAAGGACAUUGAGUUUCUACCCAAUAGCCUGUGCAAUCUAUGGAAACUUGAGAGGCUAAGCCUCGCAUCAUGUUCAAAGUAAAGAAUUGUCUCCCUUCCACCUGCUUUGCUGACUUUGCGGUAAGUGGUUGUGAGAGCUUGAAAUCAAUACCAGUGAUUCCAUCAUUACGUUUUGGGCCAUUUUCAAGAGGGUGCAUGUUAUUGGAGAACAUAUAAAAUUAGAGGCCUCCACUCUUAAAAGAUUGAAAUGUUAGUAACCGUAGUUCUUAAUCUUUUUGACUUUUAUGUUGUGAAAAAUGGAUCAGAAUACAUGCAAGGGCAUACUGGCUGAUCAUGCUGUCAUUAAAAUUCUUUCUUGUACAAAAUUUGAAAGUACUGUGCUUUAAUCAGUUAUGAAAUGUUUAUAUUUUUCAGCAUGUUGAUUAAUUUUAGAUAUUCUUGAUACAAGGCCCAAAUUCUCAUGAAUGCUGUUAUCCAGGAGAUGAAAUUCCACAGCAGUUAAACUAUCAAAGUUGUGGGACUUUGAGUCAAUAAUAUUAUUCUUCCUCCAUUUUGGAAUAACGACAACUUCUUGGGUUUGGCUUUUUGUAUUGUUCUUGUCCAGAAUAAAUUUGCUACCGGUUUACGUCUUGGUAGUGAUAGUAAACUCAGCUUCAAAACAAUCCAUGAUGAGCAUCCGUAUGAAUAUCAUGAUUCUUUGGAUCCUAAGGAAAUUGGGGAUGAGGUUGAGUCAGAUCACUUGCUCAUGUGGUGUUUCCCAGAACCAACUUUGCAACAUUCAGACGAAAUGUUUGGUAUAAAUUGGCCCUCUACUUGGAGCACUGAGGUCUCUUUGCAAGUCUGCCCUGCCUACGGCCCUACUGUAAUUAUAGAGUUUGGGAUGAUGUCAACAACUUUGGAAGCGAGUGUGAUAAGAAGUUUGGUACUCAAUUUGUAUACAUGGAAGAAAUAGAGAGAUUUAAUGCAAAAAUUAGAAGUAAGAUUAAGAGAUCCCUUUGAUGAAUAUUGUGAACCAAGUGGAAGUGUUGGCUCUUAUGAGGAAGAUGACAUUGAUGAAUCACGUCCUACCAUUAAGUCUAGGAUACUCAAGGUUAUGUGACCGUGCGCAAUUUGAUGUUGAUGAUGAUUGUGGAACCAGUUUAUAAUGUGAAUUUGAUGGCUUUGACAUAUGAGGAAGAAGAAAAUACUAUGAAUAAUUCGAAGAAAAUCAAGCAUAUUCUGUGAUUCCUUAGGUUCAGGGCAUGAGGAAACUGUGUGAUACAUGCAGCAUGACCUGAUGACCACUCUUUAGCUUCAAAUGAAUGAUGUGGAUCUCAUCAAUAUCUUUGUUAAAGCUUCUCAGCACUACCAUUGAGUUAAUACAUGGACAGCAUACCCUUGGGACCCUCAGAUUUAUUCUUUCUAAAAUAUGGUGUGGGACUCCAUAUAUUGUUUCAUUUCUCUUUGACUGAUUUUAUUAAUGAUAUUUUCUAGCUUUCUUCAACAAGUUUCUUUUGGAUGAGAGAACUUAAGGAAUCCAAUGCUUGAAACAUUAUAUACACACGGAGAUAAGCUAAGGAAAAAAACCAUCAUCAGAGAAGACAAAGAAAAGUCAGAUUAAUUCUUAGAGGCUUCUGAAGCAUAUUGUGUAAGACUACGUCAAAAGAAGUGAAAAUCUGUGUUGGAAGAAACUGUGGCAACUCUGCAGAAGAGAAAGGAGGAAUUCGGAUUAAAGUAAAGACGACAAAAGAAGAAGCAGCUCAAGUGCUAUUAAAGUGUAAGAAUGGCGGUGUUCUUGAGUUUAAGGAUUUGGCGUCUGAGCUCGUAUAAAUCCCAUUGAAUAGUGUUAGUGCUCUGCCUCCCAGCAGCGGUAGUGGUGUAUCGCUUAUGACUAUCCCUAGAGAAGUUUAACUUUAGUUCUAUCUAUACCAGUAUGUAUAUAUAUAUAUACAUAUAUAUGCAUGUAUAUUUGUUGCUAAUAAAGAGUACUCGAAAGCAGUAGUACUUGAUAGAUUCCUAGUGCGACGGUUCUCAUUUCUGAGUCAUCUUUUAUAUAUAAGCUGAUUUAGUUCGA